GUGUGGCUGUGUACGGAAGCGCUGGAUGCCGCCGCCGCCGCCGUCGUAGACUAGCUCUUAAGAGAGUCCGCAUUUAAAUGUUUUACGUUAGUUCAUAAAAAGACUGCGAAACGCAAGCAACGCUAUUAUUAAGUAUAAGUACGAGAAACGGAGCAAAAAUCAAAAAUCAAAUAAAAAUCGUACCUACAAGAAAUAAGCAAAACGAACGAAAUACAAAUUAAUUUAGAGAAUUCAAUAAUUAUUAACGCCUUAACAAAGUCAACUCCAACUCGAAGUAGCUGUGAAUUAAGUCAUUUAUAAACAAAAUACUAAGCCGUAGCUAAUUAGUGACGUGAUUUACAAUAGAAAGGAAUAAUAGACUUGUAAGCGGCUAAUAAGAUUUUACCUUAAAAACGAGGCGUGUGUUUUUUGAAACAAAAAAACAAUAAACAAAUAAUUUAUUAAAAAAAAAAAUAUUUAUAUCCAUAUACAACAACGCAAGUUCGUAUGCGAGUGUGAUUUCCUACGAAAGCGCACUUUUCAGCGGAAAACUGGGAACUAACAGUAUUUUCUCAAAGAGGCAAAAGCUUUCUUCAUUCCUAACUCAACCUCAUCACAAAUCCAGCACCAUGGCUACCCCACGUGCCAGCAGCCGCAAUGCCACUACGAUGCCUUCAGGCUUAACAUCCUUAACACAAAGAACACAACCACGAACAAAACAGUUAACAACCUUAACAGUGCUAAUGUUAACAAUGCUAACAGUAUUAACACAAAUGCCGGCUCGCAGCACAGCGGCAUCCUUACACGCCACCAAAGAGUCUGCCUUCGCCGCCGCCGCUCCCGCCGCACCAGUAUUAAACACAGCCGGCGCCGACAAUGCGCUAAGCAACAGCCAGCCUGCAGUGCUGCAGCAAAUGUACGACAGCACCGCAAAUGGGCAGCGCGGACGACGGAAACGCUUGCACAAGCGUCACAAUGCUAGCAUACGUUUGAGUGAAUUGGCGGGAGCGAGCGAAGCAGAGAUUUCACGCGAAUGGCACAAUUCGUGUGGUGGACAGGAGGUGAUGCCGCGCAGUGAGCGUCCAAUGCAUGCCGGCAAUCACAAAUAUGUGCGGAAACAGUUGGUCGCCUUAACCAAAUCGCUGCGCUAUGAAAAUACGACACUCAAUAGGCUGCAUAAAAUCAAUAUCGAGGACAUGCCCGCAUGGCGGCUGCACAGCAACAAAUACAAAUUUCUGCCUAGUUUGAAUCGCAAUUCUAAAGUCGAACUACGCCGCUGGCAUCGUGACAUGCAAACGUAUGUCGCCUCGUUCAUCGAAUUGGGUGUCAAGCAAUAUCGUUGGGAUCAGGAGAAACGUCAGCAUACAAGUGCGGAAGCAUAUGAAAUCAACUCAUUGGUGCUCAGCUCCAAACGCGAGCUCUGCGAGUUAGAAACGGCGUUCAACGCCACACAUCCAAAAGGCAAAUUGCAAUUCAUAACAGGCGAAGAAAUGCAAAAAAAGUUGAAAUUCUAUUCGAGAGAUGAAAAGCGUGUAGCCGAGCGCGGCGCCGACCCAAUCGAUUUGAGAUAUGCCAAGCAACGCUACACCAAAUAUAUACGUCACAUGUUUCAUAUAUUGCGCCACCAGCUGAGAACAAGGCGGGCAGCAGCGAGAGCGUCUUCAAAAUCGAUGGCGUACAGCUAUGAGAACAACAGCCAACAAUGGGCCGCACUUGCGCAGGCGAUAGACUACAGUGCAGGUAGCGAACAAUCCGCGCAGGGGGCAGAUGAGGCGAACAGCAAUGAAUCGUCUUUGGGAUUGGCAUUGUGAGAGAGUGCCAAAAAUCCAGUGCGGGUAACGGGUAGCAGGAGAUAUAUGCAUGCAUAUUAGGCGUGCAUAUGUGAAAUCUCUCAAUAUGUGCCAUUAAUAGCGGAAUGAAAAGAAGCUCUGCCACCGAAGUGCGUUUCACGGCAGCCGCUACGGGUUGGUAUUUGCAGAAGGAUGCCUCCUAGUGCUGACACCACAGCAGCGAUCCUGUGCAAUGUAAAUGGAAAUAUUUUAUGGUGUUGCCACAACUACCAUGCAGCAAUUCAAAAUCUGCGGCGGCGAAUGUUUCAUGAUGCUACAGCAACAAUCGAGCAACCCGAGUGCCGGCUAUGUUACACUACUUCCAGCCAUCACAACACAUUCCAUUUUAGCUCUAAGUACACAAUGUCCAGUGAUAGGCUAGAGUUCCUCAAAUUAUGCAUCACAUUAAAUAUUUAUUUAUGACUUCACUUAUUUAUUGCAUUCAUUUAGGCGUAAGCGCGCAUUGCAUAUCAUGAAAUCUAUUUAUUCCAAACAUGUCCAGCAUUUCAUUUAGCAAUUAAGUUUUUUUUUUUUAUAUACAAUUGCAGUUGAUAAUUUUGUACACAGUUAGUUAUUAGGUAAUUAGUUAGUUAGCUUUUCAAAUUGUUAAUAUAGUAUUAAACUAGCUUUUUUACGCGAUGGUAUUAUGUCUGUAUGUCUUUUGAAAUGUGCGCAUGUUUAUUUUCUGCGCCAAGUAAGUAGUUGUGCGAUUUUAUGCUUACUGUGAUUAACUACCUGUUUAAGUGAUUAUUUAUCUGUUUACGCAUACGUACAUGUGUGUGCGUGUGUAUGUGCUAGUCUAUGUAAGUAGCUAGGUUUUCGUAGAGUGUAGAAGAAAAUGAGGAUACACAGAUUAUCAAAAUAAAUAUAAAAAAAUACACUGUAAAUAUCACAUUUGAUAAGCCUUAGAAACCAGUAAAAUUAAGUUUAAACGAACGACUCAUGCAAUCCGCGUUCACCUCCGCACUCACAUGCAUAUGUAUACAUACAUAUGUGUGUAUGUGUAGGUGUUGUCACUCCACAGGUGAUUGCAUGAACGAAUCUUUAGCUCUUAAGUGCGUAAU